AUCUCCACAUCACACAACGGUAGCACACGAUGAAGACAUUAGUUGUGCUAGCCGCCCUAACGGCGGUCGCCGUAGCCGGGCCCACAUACCGGGACACAGACCUCGACAUCACCAAAGAGAAGAGAUCACCGACUUUUGGGACCCUUCAACAUCACCUGCCGAUUCAGCACCACCAACCCUUCGUGCAGCCAAUCAUACCGCACCACCUGGGUCUGAAGAAACCUUUGAUUGUAUCACAACCUUACGGACAUCACGGCCACAUCUACCGUACUGAAGAAGAACAGCUGGAAACUCACUCAUCUGAAGCCAAGGAAUCGAAGAAAACUUGCAUGAAGGAGAUGGAGGCGAAGUGUGAAGAUGAAAUCUCUGCCAGAUCUAGUGAAGUUGAGGGCGCCACUAAGGUAGAGGAUAUUGACGGAAGCGUAUCUGAUACCGAAGUAGCACAGAGCUUAAAGAUGGCCAAGGAAGCUGUUGAUACCUUGCAAAAAAAGCUGCAGUUAGCUGAGAAGAAUCCUAGAAUGACGCAAUGGAAACAUGGAGAGUCAGAGGCUGAUGGUAACAUGCACGAGAACGUUGAAACUGCAAAACUUGCUUUGGAGCAUAUGCAGCGCAACUUCGGCAACUUGGAAGCUAUGAACGUACACGCCAGAGCAUUUAAGAAUUCUGAAGUACAUGAUGCGAAUUUGAAGCUCGAACCAGCAUUCAAGAGUUCCAUAAACCUGAAGACAGAUGAGGAACGAUUAGCUCAAUGGAAAGAUGCCAUUGACACUAUCCAGAAAAACGUCGAAUUAGUCAGAAAUAUUGAAGAUAGUUUCCAGAACACCGCUCAAUCUGAGAAGUCUGCUACUCUUGAAAAAAGCUCCAGUCUUAAACACGAGAUUAGCGGUGAUUUGAAGGAGGGCGCCAUCGAACUGAAGAAAGAGAAGAGUUCUGAUAACCAUAUUUCAGAUAUGAAGACCGUUCAGGAUUUGGAAAAACAGUCGUCUGAUGUUAAAUCAGUCAUGCAGGCACGUGAGGAUGAAAAAUCACAAGCUGAAGACAUGAAGAUGGCACAGAAUAUGGAAAAAAAAUCGACUGCUGAAAAAUCUAGUUGGCAGGCACGCGAGCAGGAAAAGUCUUUGGAUUCCAAGAAUGAAAUGGAAACUUCGGCAUCUACACUAAGCGAGUCAAAGACAAUCUUGCACAACACAAAUGAUCAAGUUUUUAGAAGCGAAAGCAGUCAGUCGGAAAAGAAUACUCAUAUGCUGACUGUACCAACCACGAAAUCGAUGGAUAUCAAGUCAUCUAUUUCUCAGCUAAGCCAGCCGAAAUCAAACGAAGACGGUGAUAUGAAACAAGCAAAGCAAGCGCACAUUGAAAUCGAAAUGGAUUCUCCUCUAGUUGAUACCACCACUUUCAUGAAGUCUGCUGAGCAUAACAAAGCUGAACAGCACAAACAAAUCGAACAUUUCAGUUCAACUGGACAUUCUUUACACAAAGAAAACGACAUGAGCACUCAAGAGCACCAGAAAAUGGCAGAGGAACAUCACCAAGCUGGACACUCAUCUCAUAUUGGUCAUAGUAUGAACUCGCAGCAAGCUGAACACUCAUCUCAUAUGGGCCAUGGUAUGCUCUCGCAACAAGGCGAACACUCAUCACAUAUUGGCGGUCAUAGUAUAAUCUCGCAACAGAAGCAGAAGUUAUCGAACCCCGUCAUGCACCCCAAAGAAAUCAGCUUAGACCAACCUAAAGAGAGCAGACUUUUGGAUCAACAUAAAUCUUCAAUCUCCACCGUGAACGGUAAAGAGGCACAUGAGAUGACGAUGAAAUCAUCUGAUCAACUAGCUGGCCAAAGUCAACUAUCCGAAGUGAUUGCUAAGCCCUCCGAGCUUGUUUCAUCUGGACAUCAUUCAGAGAAGUCACAUUCCUCAUCUCACGGCAAGUCGGCUGAAGAUGCAGCCCUGUUUGCUCCAAUCGGAAUGAACUCUGACUUCAAAGAAGCUUUAGUUCCGAAGGCAUGGAAGGAGGCGCAGGCUAGAGGAGCUUAUGGAUCUGGCGCAGCAGGAUUGAGCAGCUACGGUUCCGGUUACGGCUCUGGAUCAGGUGCUGUGGGCGUGUUCCCGAGCGCGCACGUCGGCGGCUGUGCUAUCCCACUUCUGUUGAGCUGUUCUCCGAACGUUGUUGCCGGCCACUUGGCCAAGAGCCAUUCGUAUGCUGCCGCGCCCAGCUACGGAGCUUCAGCGUACAGAAGCAGUGACAACCUCAGUUCGCAUUCCAAACGCGACAUUACCAAGAUCAGCCGUCCAACAAAAAUAAACCGGACUCCAACCAACAAGGGCCUACAGCAUAAAACAAUUUUGGUCACCGAUAAGCUUUAAAAAACUUAAAACGAACGUCUCAAGCCGCUAUGAUGAAACUGACUGUGUAAUUUUAUUAUUUAUUUUUUAGGUAAGAUAAUUACUUAUUUAUUAACUUAUUUAUUUUUUGUAUUAAACAAUUAUAGCAAAGCAAUCACAAAUAGAUAAUAAACUAUUUACAAAAAUGUUA